UACCAAAGAACCAGUAUGGGACAAACUUGGCACCACCGCAGUCUGGCAGCCGCCUAGCCCAGUGUGUGGCGGCAACACUGCACAGGCUAACCCCACCUGACCCUGCCUGACCCCGCGACCUGACCAUAAAAAUAAGAAGACAAGCUACCACCACCACCACCACCACCACUAGCACCACCAGCACCCGCACCACCAUGCCCAGCGCACACCUGUCACUGCGGGAGGAGGACGUGGUGCGGUUGACCCUAGAAUUCCUGCAGAACCGCCGCCUCCACAUUUCGCAGCUUAAUGUCGAGAGAGAGACCGGGAUCAUUAAUGGGAAUCUCUCGGACGACGCGCUUUUCCUACGCCAGCUUAUUCUUGACGGGCAGUGGGAUGAUGUGCUGGAGUUCGUGCAGCCCCUAGAGGCCAUCGACGCAUUUGACUCCCGCAAAUUUCACUUCACGGUGCUCAAGUACAAGUAUUACGAACUGUUGUGCAUCAAGGUGGAGGCGCCGGCCACACCAAGCCGAGAUGGAGCCGUGGAUGAGCUGGUCAAGGUUCUUAACGAGCUGGAGAAGUUUGCACCAAGCCGUGACGCCUACUCCCAACUGUGUCUGUGCCUCACUCUGCCACGCCUCAACGAGCAUGCCGAUCUGCGAGACUGGAACCCCUCCAGUGCCAGGGUGCAGUGCUGGAACCAGGUGUUCCCCUUGGUGGAGCGCUUCCUCCCAGCCGAACGACGCAGCAACAGUUCAGGUCUGGCCGGGGCUGGCGAGGGGGUGGGAGUGGCCAAGAAUGACAGACUGGUGCAACUACUCAUUAAGGGCCUUCUGUACGAGUCCUGCGUCGAUUACUGUCAGGGGCAGGCCACGGGGGGCGAUGGAGGGGGGGCGGGUGGCGGAGGGGCCCUGCGGUUUCCUUCACUUCUGGCGGCCACAGCGUUCAGCGAUUCGGACCUGUCGCUGCUGUCGUGGCUUCACAGCAUCCCGGGAGACACGUUCUCAUGCCCCUUUGAACAGCAGACCCUCAACGUGGACCUGGCCCGUCUAGACAAGCCAGCACUGGAGGCGUCUUGGACCGAACACCUUCUAGUCACUCCCUUUAAGCCUCGGAUAUUCCCUCACUCUGCCGUGCCCUCCAGCCGUCCACGCGCCGCUGAUAUAAUGUCCCGGUCCCUCAACCCUGCUCUCGACGGCCUCCCCUUCGGCCUAGGGGGUGCGGGAAGGGGUGGGGCAGGCCUGGCAGGAUCGGCGGGGGACCUCAGUGCAAUGUCGAGAAGCAUGGCAUCUUUCCACCUGACAGGAAGGAGAGGAAUGAACGCGUCAGUGGAUCGACUAUUUGAAGCGGAUUCGGUGUUUACGAGCGUCACCCAGCCCUCCGCCGGCCCCCAGGGUGACCUCCCGCCCAUCACAGAGCGCCCCAGACCCCCUGCCCCGCCCCGCCCACGCCCCAGAUCGCGUAGCCCCGACAAGCGCCACUCCACUGACUCUCUCAACCGACCUCCUGACAGAGCUGAGAAGGAGGUUCAUGAAGAGAAACCAGCGUCGCCCCCUCCUCACACCCCCCCAGCACUCCCCCCAAAGGGCUCCCCACCGCCACAGCCCCCACAUGGGAAGCCAGGACCCCCACCUACCCCCGGGGGCGACGGGAUGCGUGGGGCAGGCCAGCAGAAGCACUUAUACAACAACAACAACAACAGUGAGAGAGAGGCUGCCGGUGAACUCUUUUCAAUCUACCAGCGAAGACAGCAGCAGAUUUCCGAACCUCCGCCCCCCCACCACCCCCACCACAUCCUCCACCACUCCCAGCCCCCCCUGCAUCCACACUACGAGCACCAGGCGAAUAACAACCACACUCUACCACCAGGGGCGACCACACAGCUCCCCACCACCACGGCAGGAUCGCACCACCACCACCCCCCACCCCCUACACCUCCAGCAUCAAAAUUGGUGUGGCGGUGUGGUGUGGACGCCUCACCAUGCCGCCACACCCACAGCAUUGCGAGUGACGUCUGGAGCAGCAGCAGCAGCAGCAGCAGCAGCAGCAGCAGCAGCAGCAUGCCUGCAGUGCAGCGGCGCGACAGUGCCAGCCCGGCCAGCACGCCAGCGCCUGGCCCUGAGUACAAGCUGGUGCGGCGCGAGGUGCGGCGCUCCUCCCUGGAGGGCGCUGCGACGCCCCAUGGCGUGGGCGAAGCGCGGGAGGAGGUGCUGGCGCGCUUGGACCAGCUGUUCGAGGACCUGGCCGUGACCCGCCGUGAGGGGCGCCACUGCGAGGUGGAGGGGCGCCGCCCCAGCACUGCCACGGGUGCGGCGCGGCGCCCCUCCAGCAUGGUGAUGCCGGAGCGGCGCCCCAGUGGCGCGACGGGCGCCGAGCGGCGGCACAGCGGCGCCUGGGCGACAGAGUGGCGCCCCAGCGGUCAAAGUGCGCCCAGUGGCGUGGCAGCGCGGCGCCCCAGCAGCGGGACGGCGGCACCGCGGCGCGCCAGCACCAACGGCACCCUGGCGGCCCCGGAGGGCGGGUCAGCGUGUUUCCGCAGCCCGCCGCGCGGUGACCUGUUCUCGCAGCGCGGCACUGUGGGUGUCGCCGCGCCGCGCCGCGCCUCCACGGCGGCGGCGGAGGAGGAGAGGCCUGAGGAGGGCGUGGCUGCGCCGCGGGGGUACCGGCGGGACUCCCUGGAGGUGGAGGCGCUGCUGGGGCGCCGCAUGUCCCUCUACGACGCAGUGAUCCCGGAGGAGGGGCGCGGUGGCCCCCACACCAGGCUGUCCCCCGCGCGUAGCCUGCGCCCCUCACCCUCCAGGACCACGCCGCCGCCCCGCGCCUCGCCCUCCCGUGCCACGCCGCCCCGCACCACGCCGCCGCGCACCACGCCCCCACGCACCUCUCCUUCAAGGGGCACGCCGCCCCCACGCGCCUCCCCAGAGCGCACGUGCCUCACGCGCGUCAACCAGGGCGUGCUGCUCACCGCCCCCAGCACGGGCAACGCGCCCCUAGACUGCUUCUUCCCGCCCCCUCAGAGCGGCAAGGAUGGCGGGGGAGACUCAGGUGGCGCCAAACCACGAUUCCUGGCGGUCACCUCGCUGGAAGACGUGCAGGCGGUGAGGUGCGCGGAGUUCCACCCAUCAGGAAGGUUCUACGCUGUGGGAUCGAACUCCAAGACAUUAAGGAUAUGUGCCUACCCUAAGCUGUCUGACCUCAGAGAGGACCACAACACAUAUCAACCCACAGUUUUGUACAAGAGGACCAAGCACCACAAGGGGUCUAUCUACUGCCUAGCCUGGAGUCCCCUGGGUGACCUCAUUGCCACGGGGUCAAACGAUAAGACUGUUAAGCUUAUGAGGUUCAACGCAGAUGCUUGCAGUAUGGAUGGACAGGAGAUCGAGCUGGCAAUGCACGACGGGACAGUCCGUGACAUGUGCUUCGUCGAGGACACCAGCAACAAGUCCUCCCUUCUCAUUUCUGGCGGUGCUGGUGACUGCAAGAUCUACGUAACAGAUUGUGCAACUGGUACUCCCUUCCAGGCUCUCUCUGGCCAUACCGGUCACAUCCUCGCCCUGCACACGUGGGGUGCAAUGUUCGUGUCCGGCAGCCAAGACCGCACCGUGAGAUUCUGGGACCUGCGCACAAGAGGCUGUGUCAACGUGAUCACCCCUGCUGCCACCCCAACCAAACCUGGCGCCCCAGUGGCCUCCCUGUGCGUGGACCCGUCAGGCAGGCUUCUGGUAACAGGCCACGAGGAUGCCGUGUGCUGUCUGUUUGACGUACGUGGCUCGCGCAUCAUACAAGCGUUUAGGCCACACGGCGCUGAUGUCAGAUCCAUUCGGUUCUCCCCCUCGGCAUACUACUUGUUGACGGCCGGCUAUGACAACAAACUGGUACUGACUGACCUGCAGGGUGACCUGACCCUGCCCCUGCCGAGUGUGGUGGUUGCGGAACAUCAGGACAAGGUCAUAUCAGGACGCUGGCAUCCUUCAGAUUUUACAUUUAUUUCAACUUCUGCUGAUAAACUGUGUACUCUCUGGGCUCUUCCCCCUGUGUAGUGUGUGUGUGUGUGUGUGUGUGUGUGUGUGUGUGUGUGUGUGUGUGUGUGUGUGUGUGUUUGUGUCUGUGUGUGUGUGUGU